AUAAAAAAUUAAAAAACAACAAUAAUGCAGCGCAGAGUGCAAAAGUGUGUAGUGGCACAAAAUUAGUGCGGAAAAUUGAAAAAAAAAAUUUUCUUGCAACAAAAUAAACGCAUAAGUCACGCCUAAAAUGCGCAAAUUAAAGAAAUAAGGUUUUUUACGCCACAAACAUAAGCAACACGCUCGUAAAGUGUGCGCGUGUGUUAAAAUAUUUGAUUAAUGUGUUUGUGUGUUUAUGCGCUGAAGCAAGAAAUCUCUGCAGCAAAGACGCACAACCCAAAAAAUCACAAAUUAUCUACGAAAUCAAACAAAAUUAAAUUUAAAGAAACCAAAAUCAACACAAAAUUCCAACAACACAAUGUCCACCAAAAUGACACUCAUCUCCAAGACCAUUCUCUCCGUGCUCAUCACCGUCAUCAUACCGGUGCUCGGCGCGGCGCUUAGCAAAACAGUGCUCUAUCAGGCGCCCGACGAGUGUCGCUGGUCCGGCACCAGCGAGGCGGACAUUACGCUCGUCUGCCAUCUGCGCACCAUCAACUCGGAGUUGGAGAACACCAACUUCAGCGUUAUACAACCACAGAAUACGAUACGUCUACGGCUGGAGUGCAAUGAUGCGCUCUUCUUCCAGAGCAGUCUCAGUCCGGACUCCUUUCGUUCGUUGGUCGAGCUGCGCGCGCUGACCAUCGAGUACUGCAAACUCGGCAAUAUAACGGAAGGCUCGUUUCGUGGCUUGCAGGAUUUGCGCAAUCUCACCAUACGCACGCAUAACGGUGACUGGUCGACCAUGUCGCUGGAUAUAGCGAGCAGCAGUUUUAGCGAAUUUCGCCAGCUCGAUCGUUUGGAUUUGAGCUUGAAUAAUAUCUGGCUGAUACCGGAUGGCAUGGUGUGCCCGUUGAAGGUGCUGACACAGCUCAAUAUCUCGCAUAAUGAAAUACAAGAUAUUGGCAAUUUCCACUUUAGCGCGGCGUUGAGCUCACGCAAGUCACGCAUAUGUGGCACAUCGCUGACGCACAUCGAUUUGAGCGCCAAUAAGAUUGCCAAUCUGCCAUCGGCGAUCUUCUCCGGUUUGGGACGACUUAGUAAUUUGAAUUUAGCGCGUAACGGCAUGAACUUUAUCGCAGAUCGCGCUUUCGAGGGCUUAGUCUCGCUCUCCAUUGUCAAUCUGUCCGGUAAUCGUUUGACCUCGCUGCCACCAGAGCUAUUUGCCGAGGCGAAAUAUGUUAAGGAGAUCUACUUGAAGAAUAACAGUAUUAAUGUGUUGGCGCCUGGUCUCUUCAGCGAUCUGGCUGAUUUGCUGGUGCUGGACUUAUCAGCGAACGAAUUGAACUCGCAAUGGGUCAAUGCCGCCACAUUCGUGGGCUUGAAGCGUCUAGUUUUGCUCGAUCUGUCAGCGAAUAAGAUUAGCAAGCUGGAGGCAAGUAUCUUUCGUUCGCUCAGCUCGUUGCAGAUAUUGAAACUGGAGGAGAAUUACAUCGAUCACAUACCAGACGGCGCCUUCGCCGAUCUUGCCAACUUGCAUACGCUCAUCUUAUCCAAUAACCGCAUAUCGAUGCUGGGACCGCACACAUUGCGCGGCCUGUACGGCAUACUCGUGCUGAGUCUCGACUACAAUGCCAUCACGAAAAUAGACACGCAAGCAUUGCGCAAUUGCUCGAGCAUACAAGAUCUGCAUUUGAAUGGCAAUAAGCUGAAGAGCAUACCGGAUGCGUUGAGCGCUGUGCCGCUGCUAAAGACGCUCGACAUUGGCGAGAAUCUAAUUAAGAACAUUGAAAAUACCAGCGUUUCGGCAAUGGCCAACUUGUAUGGCUUGCGUUUGACGGAGAAUAGCAUUGAGUUCAUACGACGCGGUGUCUUCGAUCGCAUGUCAUCGCUGCAGAUACUGAAUUUGUCCGGCAAUAAAAUCAAAGGCAUCGAGGGGGGCGCGCUGCACCGCAACACACAGCUGCAGGCCAUACGUUUGGAUGGCAAUCACUUGAAGAGCAUCGAUGGCUUAUUCACCGAGUUGCCAAAUUUGGUGUGGCUUAACAUUUCGGAUAAUCGCUUGGAGAAGUUCGACUACUCGCACAUACCGACCGGUUUGCAGUGGCUGGAUGUGCGUGCCAACCGCAUCACGCAGCUGGGCAACUAUUUCGAAAUCGAAAAUGAGCUUAGCCUGAGCACAUUCGAUGCCAGCUCGAAUAUGUUAAGCGAGAUUACGGCGAGUUCGAUACCGAAUAGCGUGGAGGUUUUAUACUUGAACGAUAAUUUGAUCAGCAAAAUACAACCGUACACAUUCUUUAAGAAACCCAAUCUGACGCGCGUGGACCUGAUACGGAAUCGGCUUACCACGCUGGAGCCGAAUGCUUUGCGCCUAUCGCCCAUACCGGACGACAAGGACAUACCCGAAUUUUACAUUGGCCACAAUCCGUUCGAGUGCGAUUGCAAUCUAGAUUGGCUGCAGAAGGUCAACAGCGAGUCACGCACGCAACCGCAGCUCAUGGAUCUCGAUCAGAUCUACUGUAAGUUGUCGUAUGCGCGCGGUAAGACGCACGUGCCGCUAAUCGAGGCUAAAUCGAAUGAGUUCCUCUGCAAGUACGAGGCGCACUGCUUUGCUUUGUGCCAUUGCUGUGACUUCUACGCGUGCGACUGCAAAAUGGAGUGUCCCGAUCGUUGUGCCUGCUAUCACGAUCAAUCGUGGACAUCGAAUGUCGUGGACUGCUCGCGUUCCGCCUACGAUCGCACGCUGCCUUCGCAUAUACCCAUGGACGCCACGCAACUAUAUUUGGAUGGCAAUAACUUCCGCGAACUCUCCAGCCACGCGUUUAUUGGACGCAAGCGCCUAAAGGUGCUACACUUGAAUCAUUCGCGCAUCGAAAUCGUGCACAAUCGUACAUUUUACGGGCUACUUGAGCUCGAAGUGCUGCAGCUGAACCACAACAAUUUGCGUCAGCUGAAUGGUAAUGAGUUUCAGGGUUUGGACAAUCUGCAGGAACUGUACCUGCAACAUAAUGCCAUCGCCACCAUUGAUACGCUCACUUUCACGCACCUAUAUCACCUGAAAAUACUGCGGCUCGAUCAUAACGCCAUCACCGAGUUCGCUGUUUGGAACUUCCUGCCCGCGUAUCUGAAUGAGCUGCGGCUGGCGGGCAAUCCGUGGUCUUGCAAUUGUGAGUUCAUCGACAAAUUACGUGACUACGUCAAUCGGCGUGAAUCUGUGCAGGAUAAGGUGAAGCUGCGUUGCGCACUGCUCGCCGGUAGUAAUGCAACAACGACUGACAACAACAGCGCAGGGAGCGGCCAACAAGUGGAUGCUGAGCAAUAUGCCAUCUACUUGAGUGGCGAUCCACUGCUGGACGCGCAAACGCGCUUCGUCGCCUGCAAUGGUGGUCUGCAAGCGCCACAGCAUCAGUCGCCUUUGGGUGCGGCAGAUCCCAACGAUAAUGUGAUCAUCAAUGGCAACAUGACCUCGACGAAAAUGAUACUCUCACAGCCGCCGAUGCAUGAAUAUGUUCCGAUACUCGUAGCCGUCUUGACCAGCUUCGUUUUCGUGAUCAUCUGCACGCUGCUCGUGUUCAUCUUCCGUCAGGAGAUGCGCGUCUGGUGUCACUCACGCUUCGGCAUACGGCUCUUCUGCAAUGCGCAUCGCGAUGUUGACAAGAAUGAACGUGAAAAACUCUUCGACGCCUUUAUCUCGUACAGCUCGAAGGAUGAAGCUUUCGUUUGCGAGGAUCUAGCGCCUAUGCUCGAACAAGGUGACACGCGCUACAAGCUCUGCUUACAUCAUCGCGACUUUCCAGUUGGUGGUUAUAUGGCUGAUGCCAUCGUGCAAGCUAUUGAUACCUCAAGACGCACCAUUAUGGUGCUCUCCGAGAAUUUCAUUAAAUCCGAAUGGUGCCGCUUUGAAUUCAAAUCGGCGCAUCAGUCAGUGCUACGCGACCGUCGACGCCGGCUCAUACUGAUCGUGCUCGGCGAGGUGCCACAAAAGGAUAUCGACCCAGAACUGCGUCUCUACUUGAAAACCAACACAUACCUGCAGUGGGGUGACAAACUGUUUUGGGAGAAGCUGCGCUUCGCCUUACCUGACGUGCCGAACAAUCAGCGCCGCAUGCGCAACGCUGGCGUGGGCGGUUGCACCGGUGUAGGCGUGCACAUGCCCAUCGCUCAGCUGCCACCCACACAUCAUCACCAUGCACAUCACAUGCUGUCAGCGGGCGCUGGUAGUGGCGGCGCUGUCGGCAAUAUGUCAACCGGCGCUCAUCACAUGCACCACAUGCAUCCGCAGGCCGCGCUGCAACAUCAUCAGCUGCAACAUGCCAGCUUCCGCUCGCAAAUGCAUCACAACAUCAAUGGCAGUCGACAGAAUCACAAUCGAAACAACUCGGCCGCCGCGGCGGCUGCAGCGCAACAGCAACAACACCAGCAGGCAGCUAUGCUAAUGGGUGCGCCGGUGCAGUGCGCACAACUGCCGCUGCCGCCACAACAGUCACAACAGCUGCUGCCGACAGCAGCCAGCGCAGGCGCGCCACCUAGCAGCAUACAACAGCAGCAAUUGCCGCCACCGCCAUGCCCCAGUCCGCGCAGCAUCACAACGCAGUCCUCAGCGGCGGGUGGUAGCUCGCAGAGUUCCGGCCGCACAAUGGGCGUGCAUAUCUAAGAGUUGGGCGCUGAAGGCGCCAGCAGCUGUAGCAGUAGUUUCUAAUGUGUAAGUGAACGCGCGUGUGUGUAUGUGUUUAUAAACAACUGUUGGUUUAGUGGGGGAGGUGUUGUGUGUGCUAAAAUUGACGCAGUAAUGUGCGCGCUGAGCGCUUCAAUAGGCUAGACGUGGCUAUAGUUUGCUAGUGGUGUGGCAAGUGUAUUAUGGAAUGCUGACAAGCUAACUGCAAGCUUUUGUUAACUGAAGACCCAUUGCGUUCAUCAACUUUUCAACUGUGUUGCAUUGCGCUUAGUUCAAACACUAUUUCGAGUAUCAAAAAUUUUACUUCGAGCUUCGUUUCUGGGUCAGCGUCAUUUGUGUUGUGCCUGAAUAUUAUCAGCUAAACUGCAGAUCUUAUAUGACGAUCGGCUAUUUACAUAUUACUAACGCGCUCACUUGCGCACAACAUUCACUAAUAUGGUGCUACUCUCAUCCGCAGACACAUGCAACUUCAUUGCUGUCUGCAUUUUCGCCUUUCACAUUUUGAAAUUUCCAUUCAGCAGCGUUUUGUAGGCAUUUUCCGAAUUCAGGUCAAACAAAUCGCCGAAACAAAACUCAACAGCUGUGUGUGUGUGCGUUCAAAGGCAGUAUUUUCGGCAGUAAAAAGAAAAACAACGCCGCGCUGCAUGCAACGCUGGCACGAAGCACAAAAAUACAAACAAAUACAUGUUGAAAAACUAUUUCUCAAACGUAUUUGCUAUUAAAUUAAAAACGAAAAAACAAAAACAAUAAAGCACGGCGCGUCAAUAGGCGAAAUUCGAUUUGGCAUUGAACAUUUACUUCGUGCAACAUGCCUAUUGGCACAUAUUGCUCUGACGUGCUUUGUGCAAUUGUUUGAGUGUAUGUAUGCGGCGUUGUUUGCCACUUUUUGUUGUUGUUGUUAUACAAUUUUUUUUGCGAUUAUGUUGCAAUGAAAGCAGUUAGUCACGUUAAAGUUGUCGCCUGUUGGGUUGCUGGCUGCGUGACCGGCGCACCGCAGCUAUUGUCUGCGCGUCUAAAUCAAACGGCAUUCUUUUGUACUAAAAUAAAGUUAUUUUUUUAAUAGACGCAGAAUUUUUGAAAUUAAUUGCCGUGGUUAGUGUGUUGUAGUGUGUGUAAGUUGUUUGAUUUUUGU